ACGGGGCGGCAUGGGGGGCCCGCGGCGCCUGCUGCUGGUCUCCAACUCCACCCUGCACGGAGGGGGGUACCUGGGCCACUGCCAGCAGCACAUCAAGAGCUUCCUCGGGGAGAAAGUGAAGCGGGUACUGUUCGUUCCCUACGCCCUGCACGACCGCGAUGCCUACGCGCGGACCGCGAGGGAGAAGUUUGAAAGCUUGGGUUAUGGGUUGGACAGCAUUCAUGAAUCUUGUGAUCCAGUGGAAGCUGUAAGAAAAUCUGAAGCAAUAUUUAUUGGAGGUGGGAACACAUUCCGUCUCCUGAAAGCUCUCUACGACAACAGCCUGAUACAGGAGAUCAGGAGAAGAGUUCUUGAGGACGGGAUUCCUUACAUGGGAUCCAGCGCAGGAACUAAUGUUGCUACCAUCAGCAUCAAUACUACCAAUGACAUGCCAAUUGUUUAUCCACCUUCCCUGCAGGCCCUAGGUUUAGUUCCUUUUAAUAUUAACCCCCACUACCUGGACCCAGAUGUUAAAAGCACUCACAUGGGUGAGACAAGAGAGGAAAGAAUUCGUCAAUAUCAUGAAGAACCAAACACUCCUCCAGUUCUGGGCUUGCGGGAAGGUGCUAUGCUGCUAGUGGAAGGAGACAAAGCCACCUUGCAAGGAGUGACAGGAGCACGUCUGUUUUUGAGGGGUAAGAAACCAACUGAACAUGAGCCCGGAACAGAUUUCAGUUUCCUCCUGAUUGACAGUAAUCUCCAGAAUCUGUAGCCUGCAUAUUCUGCAGCAGAAGUCACUAUAUGGGAAGACAAUAAGGAGGAAGCAAAGAGAUGCUUCUAGUCCCAGGGUGGGUGGAGAACCUUAGCUUUAUAAAUAAAGAUAAAUAUGCAUUAGUGGACUCUUUUCACCACCCUAAUUCAUGCCUCAGACAUCUCUCCUUCCCAGCAAAAAGAAAAUUUUUAUUGCAAUACCUGAGUAAUUGUAGCAAUUCUUGGUCUGAAAGGGUCUGUACAUUCGUGUAUCCACUUUGAUUCCUUCCCCACUAAAAAAAAGUUACUUCAACACAAUUAACACAGGACACAGAGUCAGCUGUUCCUGCUGCCUAGCUUUACCUGCUAAAUGAAAGAAUUGUUUGUUUAGUGUAUUCCCACACUAUUAGUUUCAUUUUUGUGCUAGUAAUAAAGGAAGAAGUUAUGCAUUCAAUUACUUUUAUUUGCUUCAGACUCGCAUUAAAUAUAUACAAUGCUAAUUAUGUACAAAAGUGUGCAGGUUAAAAAUUGUCGGGUUACAAACUUGCAAAUCCUAGAAAAGUGCAAAAUUUUAAAACAUCUUCCACCAUGCUGUACAGAAAAAAAUCCAUCAUUAGCCAAUAUACACACUCUUAAAACAUACUGAUCAAAACAAAAUAAGACAUACAGUAUACUUUUAAAGCACCCAGAAGGGAAAAAGAUAUUGCACAGAAGACUGAGAGCAAGUUUAUUACAGUGCCUGAAGGCUCAUCUUUGAAAGUAGGUAUUUCUAACACUCUUCAGACCUAACAUUUAACUCUUAAAAAAGGCAUUUUUUGGCAUUUAAAAAUCCAUUUGUAAUCACAUAAUUGCACAAUUGUAAGAAUUACCAGAAGAUAUGGUUAACUGUUGCUGUAAGGCCUUUGUUUCCAUUCCCUCAUGAGCUUUAGUAAAAAUUUGUCAAGCAAACUGAGUGGCAUCACAGCUUCCAUCAAAACAUUGACCAAAGGGAGGUAAGUCUUACUAGCAGUAUUCCCCUGAUCUUCUAUUAAGCUGCCCCUACGUAGUGAAGGGUUGAAUCAGAACACGUAUUGCAAGUUUUCCUUGAAAUUUUUUCUUCCCUCAUGGCUUUCUUUAAGCAACAGCUCACAGCUACAUAUGACUAAAGUAGUACUGUCAGGUGCAAGACUAAAUUUAUUUUAAAAAGUUACUUCAAGGCAAAAAAUAUGACUCCCUCAAGUGGAAAAUACUGACUAGAUAGGAAGCUAAAUAAAUAAGUGGCCUCUAAGUUCAAUUAGAUCUAUGAUAUAUAUGGCUGGAUGCUUUAUAUUUCGAUCUCAAAACACCUUAGCAGCUUUAAACCAUAAUGUAUACUGACAAUCAUGCUUCUGGGACAGAAAACAAUGUUAGGAAAUUGUGUCUGUGCCGAGUAUAAUCACAGACCUAAGCUCUGGAAAUACUUGCCGAAUUUCACAAGUCCAGUAGAUGAAAAUAAAAAGAGCACACAACUGGAGGAACUCUCUCCUGAAGAAAAGAAGUGAAACACCUGUUUCAUCUGGGCCAUUUGGGUAAGUGGUAACUAAAAGACACACCAGUUUUCUUUCACAGAUGCACAGCAAAAAGGCGAAUUAAAACCAAACAAAGGGUACAUUUGAUUAAGCACUACAAGCAGUUUCUCACGUAUGGAGUGUUCAAGGCUGCAGUAAGAUGAACAGCACUCGACUCAAAUUGUGCAGAGCAUGCUAUGCUGCCACUCAGAGGCAUUUCUGCAUUCAGGCAUCUGAUGACUAUAAUAGUGAAGAAGGGGACAACAGUAUUUUACCAGUAUUUUUUUUUUAACUGCAGUAGGUUUUCAGAAAGCCCUUGCUUUGUUUAAAAGUAUGUGCUAACAAGGGCAAUUAGUAAUAAUAAGGAGAAUUUGGCUCCUUGAGACAGAAGGAAAUACAUCUUCCAAACACUUCAGUGGUAUACACAUUGGUAUACAGUGAACCCACAUGCGUGUGACUGCACAAAAACUAUUACUCCCCCCAAAAGGAGACUACUAACAAGUGUCAUGUUUACAGCUGAAACCAGCAUAGCUUUUAAACCAAAAAGCAUUAAAAGCCCAUUCUAGAAAGCACUGAAGCACAUGCUUGAAUUUCCAUCCAAUUAAAUAUAACCCUAUGUAGUGCUUUCAUCUAACAGUAUUGAUCUAAUAAGAUCAAGCCUUAGGUUCACCUUAGGAUAUGUAUUUAUAUGUACUUUUUUUUUUUUUUUAAUUCUUUGAAAGGAAAAAAUAUAGUCACAGCAUCUAGCCUCAGCAUCUAACCUAGCCAGCAAGGUGCCUUUAACAGUGGAAGAGAGGAAUGCCUUCAGGUGACAAUACAGAGCAAGUUUCUACACAGACUCUCAACAUAGGAGCGGAAAGGAGGCUGACACCUCCUCCAUUCCCCUCCCUAGCUCUAAAGCUUCCUACCAUACCAUAAUCCAUAUAUAGAUACACAUUUUCAACUAAAUACACAUACACAGUGAAUGCUUUGUGAAACGUGUUUGCUGUAUGUAUAUUCUCUAAUGAUUUGUUAAUUGAGAUUGGGAAAGACUUGCAGAGGAAAGAGGGAGGAGGGAGACAUGGUCUAGGGAAGUGAGGUAUACAGCUCACAUUGACUAAGGCAAGAGUUAAAAUACCUACCUAAUUAUCGUGCAUUACAAAUAAAAACAAAUUUAUCAUUCCUGCAGGACUAUCUCAAAGCAAACUGAUGUAGGACUGUUACCAGUCCCAUACAGAAUUUUUACAGUGCAGGAACUCAGUUCUUUGCACUUCAUCUAAAGGACGCAGAAAUACAACUUGAAAGAGGAUCGUUAUAAAGCAGCCAAUUGACUAGACUACUUAAAGCCUGUAAAGACUUUGAUAAACCUGUUUUGUGAUAAUAUUCAUGAUCUAAGGUAAAUUGGGGGGGAAAAAGCUUGUUUAUAUCAAUGUUGCAGAUAGGCAAAACAAUUGUAGUAUGUGUGUGUGUUUUUUUUUUUCCUUUUUAAAAUCAAACAGGCUUCCUAAAACCUAAUUUCCACAAUGAGUUAUUAACCAUCAGGAGAAGUGCUGUUAGUUUAAGAUUGGGAUUAUUAUUUAGUGCUGGUGUUGGCAAGAUAUGUGGAUGAUAGAAGACAUGGUUUCUAUUUAUCUAAUACUCACUCACAGGAUAUCAAGUAUAUUGAUAUAGAAUAAUUCGCAAAAGUCAGAUGCUAAUUUGAACAGCAAACAUUUCACUUUCUGAAUGCUCAUAUAGUACAAAAACUGCACAGGCUAGAUGGGAUUCUUCACUAUAGAUAAAAAGACAACUAAAAAUACUAUCAAAAAUUGUAAGUAAAUCGAUAAAGAGAACUUCAACAUACAUUUUACUUGAAAUAAGAGAGAGAUGUCUUCUAAAUAUCAUCCUUUGGUAUGCAAGUUCAAAACUGUGCUAGGGAGAAGUUAUUCAGUACUGCUAACUACUUGAUCUCAUUUAUUAUAUACAGGUACAAAAAGAGAGUCAGUUUUCAGUUUCUUUUAGAUAUAUAUAUUUACACUACUACUUACUUAGCUUCAAAAGUAAGCGUAUCUUAAACUUUGAUAAAUAUUAUUAGGGUUGUUCCAAAAAUUAAAUGUAAGAAGAUACCACCAAAAAGAUCUUGACAACUGUCCCUUGUUUAUUCUGAAUUCCUAAUGAGAAUUCUCUCAUCUCACAGCUUUACUUUUUACACUGAAAUAAAUCUUAGUUCAAAACCAAAGGAGAAUCUUAUUUCACCAAUACCACAUGAAAAACAAAAUGUGAUCCUAAGCUUUAUUGACUUGAGGAAAUCAAAGAAUUAUGAAAGUCAGUUCACUAAUUCACAAUGCACUGCAUAACAGACUGCAAUUCAACCAAUAUAAACAGCUGAUCAGAAAAAAAUAUUUUCUACUUUUAAAAAGACUUACACAAGUAAGUUAAAACCGAAAGAAACAACAUACCAGCUAAUGCUUACACUUACCACCUAUAUCUUUUAUUUAAAGCUGGUUUUUAGAUAAAGGCAAAGUGCAGACCUUCAAACUUAUGGGGAUCUUUCCAGAGGGCCUCUGGCAAGAACGCUUAGCAUGUGAUGGUAUAUGCCUUCCAUCCUCAAGGGCCAGAUAAAAGAUCAAAAGGCAAUGCAUGUUUCUAUUCUGCAUAAAGCAUGAAGCAGCUCAGAGCUCACCUGUCCCCCUCCUGAUUCUGCUGCUGCUGCUUUUUGCAGAGCACAAACUAGCCUCAAGUUUGACAGCCCAAGAAUUGUCCACAUUUAAACCUGUCCCAGAUAUUUGUGAAGAUCACCUAAUGCUUGUGAUACACUGAAAUGGUGAUAUUCAAACGUGAAAGCUCUUCACCAUAAACUCUUUCACCCCCAAUUAUUGCAACUACGUUAUAUUUUACUUAAACUGGCACAGUUUAUUCAGUAUUCUUUAACAUUAAACUAUUAAAAACAUUAAACUGUUGUAUAAACACACCUAACCCACAGUAGGAUGUUUUCAAACCCUUAUGCUAACUCCUCUGUGCAAGUGACAAGAAAAAUACACUCUCACCAAAUACUGCAAAAGACCUAUCUCCUCAAUUUUUCCACUUGAUUCUGCCAGCCCAAAACAUCGUAAUUUCCUGCCCCCUUCCCUUACAAGUAAACACUUAACCUCAUAUAUGCAUUCAAACAGAACAUAUAAGCAUACUUAUAAAAACCAUCAGCUCAAUGCCCCAAGUGAAUUUUUUCAACUUCCCGUAAUACAGAAAAAAAACUCUCACAUUCUGAGCUGAAAUUCUUCUAAACGACUCUCGAAAGAGCUGCCCCGAUAUCCUUUCUUCAUGAAAUCAUAAUGGACAAACACACUUCACAUUCUCAUGUACAAACUUAAUACUUCCAGAGUAUCCUUAGUAUUCUUACUGGAUAGGUUAUUGAUUAAAAAUAGUAUUUUUCACUUCUCUAUAGCUUAUUUGAAAAUAAUGGGAUGUGGUUUUUCACAUACAUGGUGUCUGAAAGAAAAAAAACACACCACACUGCUCUACUUUUGGAAAUGUAAUGCUUUCUUGGCAAGUGACUCAGGAAAAUAAUUCUUAUUUUCUCCUAACUUUCCAGACGAUCCAGUCUGUCACAGUGAUUAGUUAGAAUAUUGCAACUAUGCAUAGACCCACUUGUUCACUAGUCUGAUUUAUUACUUCAUUUACAAAAGUUAAGAAAAAGCAACGCAACUUCCUUUACACAGCACACUAAUCAGUCAUUAAGAGGGAUUUUCUUUUUCCAGUAAAGAAAUUGAGGAUAAAACAGUUUUAAUGAGACCAACAGAACCUGUAAAGAUUAUCCUUUCAUGGGGUAAGGAGGUAUUGCUAUUUCUACAAAGUUAAUAAAUAUUGUGCUAAAAGUUAAUGAAAUGAGAUUAUAAUAUUAUGGAGUUCCUCAGGUAGUUCAACAGCUCCCCAGCCACAGGGAGUAUCUGAUAACAUUUAUAGGAGAUACAACACACAUUCAUUUCCAUAAAUAAAAAGAACAAGAAAAGUGAUGGUAGAGGGAAGAAAGGGGUAGCCAAAAGGGAACAUACUAGCUAACAAUCACUUAGAGCUCUGCCUUAUAUCUAUACUCCCCUUAUCCCAUGAUAUUUUCUCCUUUUAAUAGACAUACAUACAUGUAUAUACAUAUAUAUACACAAACAUACACACGUAUAUACACAUGCACACAUACCUUCGCACACUGAUCCAAAAAAUUAAUAUUUUUCCCUCAGCACCAGGCUUUUCCAACAGUAUGGGGUUUAUAAUUUAAAACAUUAACAUUAUCAAAAUGUCCGAACAAUAGGAAAACACACAUCCUUCUAUCAUCAUCACGUAUAGCUAAACCAAAAAAAUUCAGUAAUGGCUUCUCCAAAUUAUAGCAUACAGUCCAUAAUUAUUUGGUUGGAUAAAGCGCACGUAUUCUGGUAUUUUCUUUUCCCAGGGCUUAAACACAUCUUGAAAAUGGAUACAUUAUCUGUUUCCCUGCUUGUUUUUACAGAAAAAAAAUAUGGCUAACAACUGGUUUGGUGAACACCAAGCCAAGAAACAAACAGGUGCUAUGUAAUUAAAUUGUACUGCAAUGUUGUUUAAAUGAUUUUGCAGUGGAAAUUUAUCUUUUGUUUGUAGGAGUUGCCUUACUAAUGAAGCAGAUUGAUCUCUGACUGAUAUAGAUACUGAUUCUUCCUCUGUAUUUCUUCAAGAUAUUAAAUAUAUUAUGGGAUUUCUUGUGUGUGUCUUAGUCUACUUAAUAUAAAUAAUUUUCAGCAGCAACUAUUUCCUACCUCCUUCAGUUCCUUCACCACCUUCAACUCCUUUGAAGUUAUUCAUGUCCAUACUUUAAACAAUUUCUGAUAAUCAAGUAGUGCAAUACAGAUGUUCCUUGCAGAACAGCCUAAAACUGGAACUACACAAAAGAACAUAGCAAUAGCCAUUUACAGGAACAAAUUGCAAUAAAUUAUUCAUUGGGCUAAAAAACAUACUGAAAAGGUCAUAACUGUCAGCUAUCCCAGUUCUGAAUCUGGCCACCACAACUGCCAGAAUUUUAAUUUACUGCUGGGGCAUUACCAUGCUGUCAAAGCAAAGCCAAAUAUCUUCUUUCUGAUCUGGCCCUAUUCAGCUUUAAAACAAAUGCUACUUAUCUUAAAUUCAAUUAGCAAGCUUGGGUUUGGAGGUUUGGCGUUUUGUUUGUUUUGGUUUUUCUUUCCUUUUUUUUUUUUCUGAAAAACAGUUUUAGCAGCUAUUUAGAGAGGGAUUCUGCUGUGACCAAAUCAACACAGUUAAGGAAAAAUAUCCAAGCAAGCUAACUUGCAUGAGUACAUA